AUGCGCUUGAUGCGGAGAAUCAGUGCCGAGCCCGCCACGUGUUCGCGCCGCGCAUUCACCGCGCCUCUCGUCCUCAACUCUCCGGGCGGAGCGCAGAGCGGUCCCGCCACGCCGCAGUGUCAGGCUGCCGACGAGGCCGCCGGCGAAGCACGGGAAGGCGAACCCCAGACCUUUCCCUCCGGCCGACGCUGGGGCUCGAGGGCGGCCCGGCUUGUGUCGGCAUGGGCACGCUCGGGCGCCACGCCAUCAGCCGGCGCGGGCGAGCGUGAGGACGAGGCGGCCUCCGCGGCGGGCGAGGCGGGCACGGGCACCUCCUCAGCGCUCGGCGCCAGCUUCAACAUUCUCUGCAUCGUCGUGGGCACCGGCCUGCUCAACCUCCCGUACGCAGUCUCGCGCUCCGGGUGGGUCGGCGUGCCGCUCCUCGUGCUGAUGGCUGCGAUGGCGACCUACACCGCCGCGCUCCUCGGCCGCUGCAUCGUGCUCGUGGAGGAGGAGGAGCGGCGUGCGGGCGGAAUGCGCGCCUCCCUCGCGAGCCGCGCGACUCCUCCUCCUCGCGGCGCGAGCAGCGUCUCGUACGGCGACCUCGGCGAGGCUGCGUAUGGCCGGCCGGGCAGGUGGUUCGUCAACUCGCAGGUGCACAUCACGCUGGUCGGGGUGGCGAUCGUGUACCACCUCCUCGCGGCGCUCAACAUCCACUCCCUCGCGGCGGACUCGCUGAGCAUGGCCGCCUCCGUGGCGCUGGUCGCAGCGCUCGUGUGGCUGCACGUCUUCCUCAAGACGCUCGGCGAGGUCGCCCUCCUCUCGUACUUCAACAUCGCCGUCAACGUCGCCCUCCUCUGCACCGUGGUCGCCGCCUCGCUCGAGCGACCGCCCGCCUCGCCCCCGCGCACUGCCCUCGUCGCGAGCGACGCAUUCGCCUUCGGCUCUGCCUUCGCCUCCUUCGGAUUCGCGUACGGCGUCCACCCCGUCCUCCCCUCCGUCCGCGCCUCGAUGCGCAGCCCGCGCCUCUACCCGCGCACCGUGGUCGCCUCGAUGGCAGGGACUCUGCUCUUCUACCUCCCCAUCUCAGCCGUCUGCUACGCGCGCUACGGCGACGCUGUCCGCUCGCCGGUCAUGGACACGCCGCCGCUCGCCGGCUCGCCCGCCGUGCGCAUCGUCACGGCCGCCAUCACCGCGCACCUGGUGUUGUCGUACCCCCUCCUCGCCAUCACCCCUGAGGCGGCGCUCGAGGGCCUCCUGCGCGUGGAGAGCAGAGCCGCGCCGCUCCUCUGGCGCAUCGGCGUCCGCUCGGCCUUUGUCGCCUUCACCGCGGCCGUCGCGCUGCUCGUGCGCACGCCCGAGCGGUUUGGGCCGCUCCUCGACCUCGUCUCCUCCUGCACCUCCACUUUCACGGUCUUCCUCCUCCCCUCCGCCUUCUACCUCAAGCUGCGCGGCGUGCGGGGCAUGCACCCGCUCGAGGUUGCGUGGAACGGCCUCAUCGUCGCCUUUGCGUCGGUCGGCGCCGUCUUCGGGACUCUCGAUGCGAUCGACGCCCUGGCGAAGAGUGUUUGAACCUGCGAUCUCUGUGGCGCCAGUGUGCUGUGUUCCAUAUACCGUGCCCCGCAAAAAAGUUGGAACCCUGCGU